GGCUCAGAGGCUGGUGGAGGGGACCCUACGAGCUCCCAGCAUGGACAGCAAGGCCUGGGGGGCUGGCACCCUCUGCUUGCUGAGCCCAUUUCCAGUCGUGCUGGGCCAUGUGCACCCCGAGUGUGACCUCAUUGCCCAGCUGAGAGAGGAUGAGAGUGCGUGUCUGCAGGCAGCAGAGGGGGAGUCCAACGCCACCUGGGGCUGCCCCGUGACCUGGGACGGGCUGCUGUGCUGGCCCAAGGCGGGCUCUGGCGAGUGGGUGACCCUGCCCUGCCCGGCCUUCUUCUCUCACUUCAGCUCAGAGCCAGGCGCCGUGCAGCGCGAUUGCACCAUCACCGGCUGGUCCGAGCCCUUCCCGCCAUACCCGGUGGCCUGCCCCGUGCCCCUCGAGCUGCCCACAGAGGAGGAAUCGUACUUCUCCACGGUGAAGGUCAUCUACACCCUGGGCCACAGCGUCUCCACCGCGGCCCUCCUGCUGGCCAUCGCCAUCCUGGUGGCCCUCAGGAGGCUCCGCUGCCCGCGGAACUACAUCCACACCCAGCUGUUCGCCACCUUCAUCCUCAAGGCGGGCGCCGUGUUCCUGAGGGACGCCGCCCUCUUCCAUGGCGAGGACACGGACCACUGCAGUGUCUCCACCGCUCUGUGCAAGGCCUCGGUGGCCGGCUCCCACUUCGCCACCAUGACCAACUUCAGCUGGCUGUCGGCGGAAGCCGUCUACCUGACCUGCCUCCUGGCCUCCACAUCGCCCAGCACCAAGAGGGCCUUCUGGCGGCUGGUGCUCGCCGGCUGGGGGCUGCCCCUGCUCUUCACUGGCACGUGGGUGGGCUGCAAGCUGGCCUUCGAGGACACUGCGUGCUGGGACCUGAACGACAGCUCCCCUUACUGGUGGAUCAUCAAAGGGCCCAUCGUCCUCUCUGUUGGGAUGAACUUUGGGCUUUUCCUCAAUAUUAUUCGCAUCCUGCUGAGGAAGCUGGAGCCAGCUCAGGGCAGCCUCCACGCCCCGUCUCAGUACUGGCGUCUCUCUAAGUCCACCCUUCUCCUCAUCCCACUGUUUGGAAUUCACUACAUCAUCUUCAACUUCCUGCCGGACAGCGCUGGCCUGGGCCUCCGCCUCCCGCUGGAGCUGGGGCUGGGCUCCUUUCAGGGCUUCAUUGUGGCCGUCCUGUAUUGCUUCCUCAACCAAGAGGUGAGGACCGAGCUCUCACGACGAUGGCACGGCCACAACCCCGAGCUCCUGCCAGCCCGGAGGACCCAUGCCCAGUGGACAGUGGCUUUCCGCCCGAGGACCAAGGCGGUGACAUCUGUGUGCUAGGCUGGCCCACGUCACGUGCUUGCAGGCUGCACCUGACCUUGGGCAGCUACUGCGGGUCCAGCACGUCCCGAAGGAGUGGGACCUCCUGGGAGCCCCAAGUUCACAGCCCCACCCCCGCUGCUGCCCAGCCCUGGCUCUUUCCCCCGGGUCCCUGUGUGUCUGACUCUGGUGCCCCGGGUUCCUCUGUCUCUGUUCUUCUCAUGGGCCUCCUCCCAGCGCCCGAGCUGUCCGUCGAGGCCGGAGGAGCCAAUAAACGUGUGAU